AUUGGACUUACCACACUCGCAUCCCUCUCUCUGCAUUUCUGUUGCCUCUCUCCAAUCUAAGUGUCUCUACUUUCAGUACUCCAUACAGACUACAGGGACUCAUCUCAAACUUUACUUCCAACAGCAAAGUUUGACGAUAUUGAUUUUUCUCCUCCGCUCUCCUCUCCUCUCCUCACUGAGUGCUUCAGUCAUCACUCUGCUCUCUCUCAUUCAUUCUCCCUCGUCCUGACAACUUUCCUCCUCACUCUGACUGAACAGCGCGAAGAAGAAACCGGAGCACGUGACAAUUUCCGGAGUUCAGUUUAUUUAUUAAUUUAUUUAUUUAUCUACGUUUGUUUGCUUUGUUUUUUGUUUUUUUUUUGGGUUUUUUUUUUUUUUACCUAUCCCUCGGAUCCGAGUCAUUAUGAAAUUGCUUCUGGACUCCUCCUCAUCACUCCUGUUCUCGCUGCUAUUGGCUCAGCUGCCUGUUUUCACGUCUGCCUCUCCAGUACCUCAUCGGAGGCCUAGUGACAUGGACAGACUGUCCAAUCAGACCAAAAAUCUAAUGAAGCUCACCCAAGAACUGCUGAGGGAGCAUGCUUUUGACUCAGACGUGGAGCCCCACAGGUUCAGCUCUCUGCCAGAAAUGAGCAACAGAUCAGCCAAUGACCUCAACAAUCUUGAGCUGAAGCCCACACUCUCUCAACUGCAUGCUGACCUGAAGCUGUAUGAGCACCACUUUGAGUGGCUGAAUAAGGUCUCAAAGAAGCACCACCACCCUGCACUGCCAAAGCUGGUGGAGAUGAUCAGAGAAAUGAAAUCUCUCAUUAAUCUGCUGCACCGUCAGAUGUUGAGAGUUGAAGCACCAAGGUUGACUCCGGCGACCCCGUCCCUCCCUCCUCAUCUCCCCUAUCAGUUUGAUGUUCUUCAGUCUACUCAUGAGCUUCUCCAACACUUCAAGCUCUUCUGUGAUUGGGCAUACAGAGCAUUCAUCAGCCUCAAGCCCAAAGUUACUGUAGUACAAUCAUGAUUCAGAAACUGUACGGCUGCACAGAAAGGGAGAAGGCAUGAUGUGCCGCUCAGCCAAAGGGCAGUCAGAACCACAUUAGUGUGAACUGAGACAGGAGCAUCCCAAAAAGAGGCCAAAAUGUCAGCCAGUGACAUGUGUGUUGAAGAACGUGUCUUUCCACCAAAGCCAAUGGGGAUGCGCUACACUGCAGCUAGUUUCAACCAAGAUUUAACAUUCACAUCCACAAAAACUGCCAGUUUAAUUACAAUGAACAUGUCAUGAUUUCCUAAACUCGUUCCUGAGGGCCUUGUUCGCGGCCAUGUUAUUUAUGUAUUUAUUUAUUUAUUGACUGUUUUUAUCUAAUUUAUUUAAUUCUAUUUAUUUGACGUUGUAAUGUGUCACUCUCUUCUUUAUUUCUGUAUUAACGUGAAUUUAGUUGCCCGUAUCUUUGUUAUCCUUCUUUUUGACUUGUGUCUCACUGAUCUUCAAGAAAAACACAGUAGCACUUCAUAAACCAAUAGCUCUGAUAAGGUUUUUUUAGACUAAAUCUUUUUGUAUUUCUUCAGUCAAUAAUUCUUCCAGUAGAUGUAGCAUACAUGUAAACCAGCCAAUGUUUUCACUAUCUUUUACUUACAGUGCCCUUAAACAUUUUAGAGGAUCGUAGUAGAAUCUUCUAAAAAUGUUAAUGUUAAAUGUGCCACAUAUUUAAAAAAAAAAAAAAAAUCAUUUGAUGGCCUUUAUAUAAAUCGUAUUUUUCUGUAAACAUCUGAAUGGUAUCUGGAGAGAAGUGAAUACUUUCUUUUGUACCACAGACAGAGUUUCUAUUUUCGAAGCCUGUUUCUCACAUUGUGCAUGAAGAGGCAUAUUAAGACAUUGUGGUAAAGUUGUAUGAAUGUGCCCUGUUGUUGAGCACUGAUGGACCUGAUUAGAUUCUUUGCACAAACCUGUUAGGAUUAGCCUCUUGGAUAAGUGAGAUGGCUGAUUUUCAACCUGUGCUUUGGGAUAGAAAACGUUUAGUUUUUUUUAAAUUAUUAUUUAGAUAAACACCCAAAGCCUUAAAAUACUAUGUAUUGUGACACUAUGUUCUGUACAGGUGUACAUAAAUGGAAUGUAAAUUGUUGUAAAUUGUAUACAGUGCUUUUGUGUAUUAUGUUGUUUUCUACAGUAUAUUGUAGAAUACUUUGCUAAUUUUAUCACUAUAAUUGUCCAUUCCUAUCCUAGUAUUUGUUACAGUAUUGACUAUUUAUUUAAGUACUUUGGUGGAACUAUUUAUUUUGUGCUGCAGCGGAGCGAGUCUCCUAUCUUUUUGUACUUUUAUACAGUUUUUAUUCUUAUUUACUAUAAUUAUAUCAUCAUGUUUAAAUUAUUGUUGUAACAUCAAGAUGCCUCUUCCACACACUGAUUGGCCUCAAUGUGAAAUAUGUGCCUUGUUGAAAUAAAUGAAUGUGCACAA